AUGACUUUUCAGAAAGAAAUUUUAUCAAAUAAUAAUAUGGAGGUGGAUAUUGAAGAGGAAAAGUGUAUAUUAAAUGAAUUUAAUUUAUAUGAUCCUUUAAGUAUCGACAUGAAAACCGCUUGUCAAACUUUGUUAUCAAAAAUUGAACAAAUUAAUCUACAAAAUCAAUGUUUGGUGGUUAAUUUGAGGCAAUCUAAUUUAUUUCGACCAAUUUUAAUUGAUCUGGUUUCGCGUUGGUUAUUAUCAAACGAUAAUAAUGACAUUAUGAAAGUUGAUUACGAUGCCGUGUCAAAGGUUGAAAGUGUUGCUAAUGCAUUUAGUUUAUUACUUCCUACAACGCCUCAACUUUUAAGUUUUGCGGUUACAUUCUUUUCACAAACACCCUCAUUACUAGAAAGACUCAACUUCUUAAAUCAAGAAGAUAUCUUAAUAAACGGUGAGAAUUCCAGGGAAAUUAAAGAUUUACAACAACUUUUAUUAACAGCUUAUCGACUUUUGAGGUUUUCUGGAAGCACAUUUAUAAAAUUGUGGAAUUGGUCACCUCUUUUUCAAUUGUUGGUUCAUGCUAAUAAGACAAUACGAUAUUUAUCAAUUUGGUGUUUAAGUAUCGUAUUCAAUAUGAGUGAUGAACAAAGGGAAAAGGCACUUCAAUUUUGGGUUGGCGCAAAUAAUGAGAAAAUCUCAAUUGAAUGGAAUCAUGGAGGUACACAGGAUAUUAGAAUGUUAACGCUUUUGGAGCAAGUAUCACUUGCAAAGCAACAAUCACAUCUCCUAUUAAAUGAUUUUACGAGUCAAGAAUUUUCAGAAUAUUGGCGAUUUAAUGAAUCAGAUUUGUCUUCAUUGACUGUGAAUAUUUCUGGAGUGUUAUUGCCAAAGUCAUUUAUUUGUUCGGAGAGAUCUGUAUCAAAUAAGCAGCGCCUUGUUUUAACAGAUACGACCCGAUGUAAUUUGCACUCCAUUUGUUUGGCGAUUUCAAUUGGAUCCCCGGUUUUGCUUGAAGGCGUCACUGGAGCGGGUAAAUCCGCUUUGGUCGAGGAAAUUGCAAGAAUAUCCGGACGUGAACAUGAUCUUGUAAAAAUUCAUUUAGGGGAUCAAACAGACUCAAAAAUUCUUUUAGGAACUUAUGUUUCUACAUCUACUCCUGCUUCUUUUCGUUGGCAACCUGGUAUCCUUACGACUGCAGUUCGUGAUGGACGGUGGGUUUUAAUUGAAGAUAUAGAUCUUGCUCCUAUGGAAGUUUUAUCAGUUCUUCUCCCUUUGCUUGAAACGCGUCAACUUUUUAUACCUAGUAGAGGUGAAAAGAUUAAUGCGAAGCAAGGAUUUCAAUUAUUCGCAACAAAAAGCUUGUUGCCGGUUGACGGUGGAAAAAGAUUAAUACAUCAACGUGUAAAUGAUUCAAGUUUUGGCAAUACUUUUUGGACUCAAAUCAAAGUCGAUCCACUAAGCAACGAUGAGUUAACUUACGUUGUUAGAAAUCGUUUUACCAUUUUACAAGAACUGGUAACAGAUAUUAUGAAUGUGUUUAAUACUGUAAUAUCUGUUUAUCAUGAUUCAUCAUCGUUUUCGUCGAAUUUAGUACGAUAUAUUUCAACACGUGAUUUGAUGAAGUGGUGUGAGAGAAUAGAGGUUCUUUUGGUUUCAAGGAAUAAUGUAAUUACAUCUCGGGAAAUAGAGCAGAAUAUAAGAGAAGAUUUGUUUAAAGAAGCGGCUGAUUGUUUUUGUUCGAUGAUUUCUAACUAUGAGAGUUGGAUUGCGAUUUUGGAAAGGCUUGGCGACGCACUUCAAAUAUCAAAGGAAUGGGUUUAUUUAUACGUAAAUUCAUACUUACCCGAUAUGAAAAUUGAUGAUAAGAUAAUAUCGAUUGGAAGGGUUAAUUUAGUUCCUAAAGGUCGAAAAAAAGAUAUAAUUAAACGAGAAUUGCAAAAAAGACCUUUUGCUUUUACUGGCCAUGCUUUAAAAUUGAUGGAACAAAUUGCUGUGUGUGUUCAUUUAUGUGAACCUGUGUUGUUGGUUGGAGAAACUGGUACAGGUAAAACAACGGUGGUUCAAUAUCUUGCAGAAAUUAUGUAUCAAAAACUUGUGGUUGUGAAUUUAUCUCAACAAAGUGACAGUAGUGAUCUUCUUGGAGGUUUCAAACCCGUUGAUGCUAGAGUCCUUGCAUGUCCCAUUAAAGAGGAAUUUGACAAACUUUUUGAAAAGACAUUUUCUAUUCGGCGAAAUGCACGUUUCUUGGAAGCUGUCCGAAAAGUAUAUGUUAUUAAGAAAUACGAUAAAUUUGUAUCUCUAUUGAAGCAAGCUAUUAAAAUGGCGGAACAAAAAUUCAAUGGAGAUCAAAAUCAGGAUACAAACAUGGAUGAUCAAAGCAUUAAUUCUUUGCAAAAUCAUCCUUCUCGAAAGUCUUCAAAUCCUGAAUUACGGAAUCGUUGGAAAUUAUUUGAAAAUUCGGUUAACGAGUUUGUAAGUCGACAGGAUCAAAUACGUAAUAAAUUCGUUUUUAGUUUUGUAGAAGGUUCAUUAGCAAAAGCGGUAACAAAAGGUGAUUGGAUACUUUUGGAUGAAAUUAAUUUGGCAACUACAGAAACAUUGGAAUGUUUGAGUGGUAUACUUCAAGAUUCCCAAGGUUCACUUUUAUUGACCGAAAAAGGUGAUAUCGAACCGGUUAAAAGGCAUCCAAACUUUCGUAUUUUUGCUUGUAUGAAUCCUGCUACUGAUGUGGGUAAGCGAGAUUUACCCCCAGGGUUGAGAAAUCGAUUUACUGAGCUGUUUGUUCAUCCUCCUGAUAAAAGACGUGAUGAUUUGUUGGCUAUAGUCAAACAAUAUAUAGUUGGUUGCGUUCAUGGUGAUGAGCGUGCGUGUGAAGAUAUUGUAGAUUUUUAUGUCGCUGUCAAAGAAUUACAAAAGCAACAUUUAAUUGCUGAUGGUGCAAAUCAAAUGCCUCAUUUCAGUAUUAGAACAUUAACUCGUGCGUUAAGUUACGUAGCACAAAUAGCAUCAUCUUAUGGCUUGAGACGAUCAAUGUAUGAGGGAUUUUGUAUGACAUUUUUAACACAAUUAAAUAAAGAAAGUGAGAUUUUGUUAAAGGGUUUGGUAGAAAAAUUUUUAUUAAAUGGUGUUAAAAAUCAAAGGAAUUUGAUUACCCAAAUUCCUAAACUUCCUACGAAUGGUAAUUACGUUCAAUUUGGAUAUUUUUGGCUCGAAUUAGGAGAUUUUCCUGUCGAAGAUAUGCCUCACUAUAUUUUGACACCAUCUGUUAAAAAUAAUUUGGACAAUCUUUCAAGAGUUGUCAUGAGUAGGAAAUUUCCAGUUCUAAUUCAAGGUCCUACUUCAACUGGUAAAACAAGUAUGAUUCAAUAUCUAGCUAAGCGUACUGGACAUCGUUUUGUGAGAAUUAAUAAUCAUGAACAUACAGACAUUCAAGAAUAUCUAGGAACUUAUGUUUCUAAUUCUGAAGGUAAACUCGAAUUUCAAGAAGGCGUGCUAGUUGAAGCUUUAAAGAAAGGGUAUUGGAUUGUGCUGGAUGAAUUAAAUUUGGCACCAACAGAUGUAUUGGAAGCUUUAAAUAGAUUAUUGGAUGAUAACAGAGAAUUGUUAGUUCCAGAAACUCAAGAAAUUGUUAAACCACAUAAAGAUUUUAUGUUAUUUGCAACUCAGAAUCCUCCUGGAUUAUAUGGAGGCCGUAAAGUUCUCUCACGUGCUUUUCGCAAUAGAUUUUUGGAAUUGCAUUUUGAUGACAUUCCGGAGGAUGAAUUAGAAACCAUUCUUUCAGAAAGGUGUAAAAUUGCUCCAUCUUAUUGUAAACGACUUGUACAAGUAUAUAAACAUUUGAUGGCAAAAAGGCAAGGAACAAGGAUCUUUGAACAAAAACAUGGAUACAUUACUUUGAGAGAUUUGUUCCGUUGGUCUGAGAGAGGUGCUGUGGGGUAUCAGGAAUUAGCAGAGCAAGGAUAUAUGCUCUUGGCUGAGAGAGUAAGGAAACCCGAUGAGAAGUUGAUUGUAAAACAAGUUUUAGAAUCAGUCAUGAAAGUAAUAAUUGACGAACAAAAAAUAUAUGAUUGUUCAAAUUUGGAAGAGUUUAAAAAAUAUAUUUCUUUGAGACAUGACAAAACUGAUAUCGUGUGGACUAAGUCUAUGAAACGUUUAUUUACUUUAGUUGCUCAAUGUUUGAAAUUCAAUGAACCUGUUUUAUUAGUUGGUGAAACUGGUUGUGGAAAAACAACAGUGUGUCAAAUGUUAGCAGAGGUAAAUGAUAAAGUGUUACAUAUCGUUAAUUGUCAUCAUAGUACCGAGACGGCUGAUUUACUUGGUAGUCAAAGGCCAUUAAGGAAUAGAGGGAAUGUAAAUAAUGAUCUCAAGCGCGAUUUGAUUGAAUUUUUAAGAAAAUACGUGUCUCAAGACAAUACAUGUUUAGAGGAUAUGGAUCUGAAUCAACUGACUACUUUAUUUCAGGAUUUUUAUAAAGACGAGAAAUGGACAGAAGAGUUCGGUGAAGAUAUAGGAGAGAUUGCUAAUACCAUGGCUUCUUUACAUAUGAGGUGUAAACAGACUCGCACAAUGUUUGAAUGGCAUGAUGGUCCAUUAGUUCAAGCCAUGAAAAAUGGCAAUAACUUCUUACUAGAUGAGAUUUCCUUGGCAGAUGAUUCUGUUAUCGAACGUCUCAACAGUGUCCUUGAACGAAAUAGGAUCUUAGUGCUAGCAGAAAAAGGUGGUAAACAUGUCGAAGAGUUAGUUGCAAGAGACGGUUUUCAAUUUUUGGCAACUAUGAAUCCUGGUGGUGACUAUGGUAAGAAAGAAUUGUCACCAGCAUUAAGGAAUCGAUUCACGGAAAUUUGGGUGCCUUCUGUUGCAGAUCGUGAAGAUUUAUUGCAAAUAAUUGAGUCACGCUUCGUACAUGAAAGUUUGGUAGGAUAUGGCCAAAAGAUCCUUGACUUUAUAGAGUGGUUUUCUCAUGCAUUGGGCAAUAAACUUAUCACCAUUAGCUUGCGAGAUAUUUUAUCAUGGGUUUUAUUCAUGAACUCUACAAUAGAACAAUUAGGUUCACACGAGUCUUUUAUUCAUGGUGGAUAUCUUGUUUUUUUUGAUGGUCUUGGUUCCAAUGCAACAACAGGGUCAUUAUUAUCUGGACAAGUUUUGAAGGAAUUUCGAAUGAAAUGUCUUGCAAAAUUAAUAGAUUUGAAUUGUGAUCUUAAACAAGAUAAUGUCGUUAAUCGAAGUUUUGCAAGUGAAAACAAUGUAGGCAAAAUUCUUUCUACCGAGUCAUUUUUCGGAAUCCACCCAUUUUAUAUACCAAAAGGAACGCUUGGUAGUCAUCAAAUUACUUUUACCUUGCAAGCGCCAACGACAUUGGAUAAUGCAAUGCGUGUGCUUCGUGCUAUGCAAUUAAAGAAACCAAUAUUAUUGGAAGGAAGUCCGGGAGUAGGAAAAACUAGUUUAAUCACGGCAUUAGCAGCAGCAUCUGGACAUAAACUCGUUCGAAUUAAUUUAUCCGAGCAAACAGAUUUGAUGGAUUUGUUCGGUUCUGAUCUUCCCGUAGAAGGUGGUGGUAAUUGCGAAUUUGCAUGGAGGGAUGCACCAUUUCUUCAAGCAAUGAAAUCUGGGGAUUGGGUUCUUUUAGAUGAAUUAAAUCUUGCUUCUCAAUCAGUUUUAGAAGGUCUCAAUUCAUGUUUAGAUCAUCGUGGUUCUGCUUAUAUACCUGAACUAGACAAAGAAUUCAUAUGUUCUAAAGAAUUCCGUGUUUUUGGCGCUCAGAAUCCUUUACAUCAAGGUGGAGGAAGAAAAGGGCUUCCGAAGUCCUUUAUCAAUCGAUUUACUCAAGUUUACAUAGAGCAUCUUACUAAGACUGAUAUGCUUUUUAUUGCUAAAUCUCUAUUUCCUCAAUUUGAUGAAUCAUUAUUAGGGAAAAUAUUGGACUUUAACAAUCGAAUGUAUGAAGACACUAUGAUUAAGGGUUUAUUUGGUAGAAAUGGAUCUCCUUGGGAAUUUAACUUACGUGAUGUUUUUCGCUGGUUAGAGCUUUUAAAUGAUGAUAAGGGUCUCGGGUUUAAUUCCACUCCUGAUCAAUAUCUGGACCUAAUUUAUUUGCAGAGAAUGAGAACUGUUGAAGAUAGAAAUCGUGUUAUUGAUUUAUUUAAUGAAAUUUUUGAAACAAGCUAUAAACAGCCAAAGAAUCCUUAUUUUAAUAUUAAUUCACGCUAUAUCCAGAUUGGUCAUUCCCUUCUUAAUCGUCGACCUGCUUAUGGAUAUAAAUCUAUGGGGAAUUCACUUCAUAUAUUGCAUUCUCACUUAAAACCGUUAGAGUCCUUAAUGAAAUGUGUAGAAUUUAAUUGGAUGGUAAUUCUUACUGGGCAUGAAGCAAUUGGGAAAACAAGUCUUGUUAGAUUGUUAGCUAAUUUAACUGGAAAUUAUCUUGAGGAGUUUGCGAUGAAUAGUUCGGUUGAUACAAUUGAAUUACUUGGUGGAUUUGAACAAGUGGAUUUGGCUAGACAUCGACAAGUAGUUGUCGAUGAAUUAAGACGAUUAACCACUGAGGUGACAAAGGACUUUCUUCUUAUUUCGCAUUCAGGCAAUACGCUACAAGUCGUGCGAGAGCUUAACGAUAUAAUAUUUACCUUAGAAAAUCAUCUUAAAUUUAGUACAAGUAGUGCUCAAAGUACAAUAACUAGUCAGAAUUAUUCGUCUCAGUUAGAUUAUGCAAUAAUCGAUCAAUUGUUAGGUACUUUACAACAAAUAAUAAUCGGGUACGAUUUGCAUUCAAUAUUUGAUAAUGAACAUCAAAGUUCUCUACGCUCUAUAAUGGAUAAAAUUCUAACACUUAAAUCGCUUGAAAAUGGUCCGGUAACUGGUCGUUUUGAAUGGAUCGAUGGAGUUCUUAUCAACGCGCUUAAUAAUGGUCAUUGGUUGUUGAUUGAUAACGCCAACCUUUGUAAUCCAUCUGUUUUGGACAGGCUUAAUCCAUUGAUGGAACCAAACGGAGCUUUGAUGGUGAAUGAGAGGGGACUUAUAGAUGGUGAUGUGAAAAUUAUUCGACCACAUAAAAACUUUAGGUUAUUUAUGACUACUAAUCCAAGAAAUGGUGAAUUAUCAAGAGCAAUGAGAAAUCGUGGCGUGGAAAUUUUUUUAUUGAAGACAGAAAUUUUCGAAAAUCAGCGAGAUAUGGUUAAAAUUGGAAAUGGUCUUGGUCUUCGUAUUUCAGAACUUCCUGAUUUUAUUAAUAAUUUUCAAUUUAAUGUGGAUGAAAGUUUUAAUAUGCUAAGUAGCAUGAAACCAAGUAUAAGAGAAUAUAUUUUAUUUUCUCAAUUUAUUAUUGAGAUGCUUCAGCGAGGAGAAGGUUUAUCACAUUCGUUACAUAAGGCCCUUCGACAGGUUUAUUUUUUUAACCACGUCCCAAAUGGACUAAUGAUGUAUCUUCAAGAUUUUACAAAGAAAUUCAAAGAAAAUGCCUUGAUACACACUUUAUCCCCUACGAAUUACCCAAUAUUUAAUGGGGGUUCUUUUAUUAAGGAAGAAGCAAAAUUGUCUAUGAUCAAUUCCCAAGGGUCUUAUUUGAUACACCUUAUGUUCAAGUAUGGUUUAGACAAGUUGGGCCUAAAUGACUUGCCUUUAAAAGAAUUACUGGUAGCUUGUGACUAUUUUGUUGAAAAUACUUCUUUAGAAGAUAUAUCUAUGAGGAAUCGUUGGCUUGACUUUGUCUCUUAUCUAAUUCGUUCAUUUGAUUUGGUGGUAAAUCAAGAUGUAAAUGUCUUAGAAUAUAUUAAAUUCAUGAAUGAUACCUUGAUCGAGCAUCCACUCGUUUCGUAUUUAAACGAAAUUAAAAAUCGGUUAGCAAAGUCCAUUGAUUUGGAUACAUCUCACAUGUCAUGUCAGAUUAAAGUUUUUAACCUUAUGAAAAGGUUGCAAAGACAAGAUUACGUCGAAAGAUUCUCUUAUGAAAAGGCAUCACGAGAAAAGGUGUCCAAGUUGACUUUAUCCCAACAGUCAUAUCGUUAUAAUCACGGGAAUUUAUCAGAGGAACAACUAAGUAAUAGAGUUGUUGCUAAUCUUUUUCCAUUCUUACAAGAACUUAAAAAUUUUGUAAGAUUAUGGAUAAAUCGAGGGAAUUACGAGGAAAUUGACAUUGAAUUAUUCAAUAGUUUGUUUGAUUAUCACGAAUUUUUAUGGGAAUGUUUGCAACAAAAUUCUCUUGAUCUUGGUGAAUUAUAUGUGAACACCAAAAUUUUUAAAGAAAUUUUAAAGCGUUUGGUUGAUAAAUUUGAUGAGCACGCCAAACUUUUGCUUAAUGUAUUUGAUAGCAUAACUGAGAGCACUGUAUUAACGACAGGAAAAUAUAUGAAUAUUCUAUGGAAACGUUUGCAUCAUAUAACACUUUCAAGAAUUGAUUUGUUUCAAUUAAAACAAGAAUUCUUUGAAGUUGGGAUCAAUUCUGACACAAACUUGGAAUUUAAGGAUGAUGAAAGAGAUGUAGAGUUAAAAGUGAUGUUGAUAGAUGCAGUUGCAACGUUAUAUUUCAUUAAUGAAAAUCAAACUACUGAAUCGACCGAAUUGUUAACUUCCUUACAAAAGAUUCCCGAGGCAAGUAUUGAUUGUCAUAUUCAAAAACAUUUACAAAUUUCGCGUGGAGAAUCACAUUCCGUAGAACAAAUCAACCCAUUACCUUGCUUAAUGGAUUAUUUUAAUUUAAUUCGGGAGAUGCAAAUUAUAUUACGAUUACAGCUGGUAGCUUCACAGGAAACCGAUUUGAACAAUGUAGGAUUCACCGAAAAAGAAAGUUAUAGCGAGAUUAUUACUCAAAUCUCGGAAUUUCGCGAUUUUUCUUUAAAAAAUUGCUCCCGAUUUCCUUUAGAUUUUGUCCCUCACCAACGACUUUUAUGGAUAUACGGACCUGGUUCUAAAGUAGAUAAUAAAUCGGAAAUGAUAUUCAAUAAUAUCAUACAAGAUAUUAUAUAUGGAUGGCACAAUCGAGUAUGGAAUAAUUCGUUCAACAAUUUAGAUAUUAAUGAAGAGAAUUUAGUUACAAAUCUAUUAGUAAAGAAUACUGGAGGGCCUGGGAGAUUAUUUCAAAGCGUUUUAGGAUUUUAUUAUUUUAAUUACACGCAAUUCAUGUCAAUCGGUUCUUUCAAUACCAUACAAACCCAACUUGUGGAAUAUUGUAAACACACCGGAGAUGAAUUUCUGUCUAGAGUCAAUAGAAGAUGUAUGGAUUUGGCAUGUCUUAUUCAACAACUUAAACAAAUUCUUAUCUCAUUAAAGGAGAGUUUUCCACAAGAGAUUUUCCGUGAAAUUAAUGGAAGACUUGAUAUUGUUACUGAUUUUGUUAAUUCCUCGUUAAAUCACAAUAUCAUCGAUAAUGAAUCACUAACGGUUUCAAUGGCACUAGAGUCUCUUCAUGUUGUGUCUAGUAGCUUUAAAGAAAUAGUUGAUCCUAUUUUGCGGAGUGUUUUAGAUCAAUGGGUGAUACCCUCGAUUCUUUUGAUGAUUCAAAUAUUAAAAGAGUAUAAUCCGUUACAACUCAAUGAAAAUACUUAUCAAAAAAUAGGCAAAGUUUGGAUCUUUCUUUCUUUAGGAUUUAUUUCUUUAUACAUACCAAAUUUCCCACUUGAUCCGACAGCUGAAGCACGUUUGAGGUGUCAAUUUCUUUUGUUCAAAAAAUCUAACUUGGAGCGUGAAAUUGAUAUUCGAACAAAGAUCGAACAAAGUUUCACUGGAGAAUGUGAAAAUCGCAAAAUAAAAGACUGCAGAAAAAAUUUGGAGAAAAUUGAAUUACUUUUCGGACAUGCGUCGGUUAACUUAUCCUUAAGACCUGAACAGUCGCAACUUAAUGAACUUUUCAGACAUGUUCAUUACAUUUGUAGUAAUGUCAUUGAUGAACGACAUAUAUUGGAACUUUUGAGUGAUUUUGAGAAUGGAAAUGAUUCGGCUGUUCUUCAACGGGAAAGUUUGCUUCAGGAAAAAUUAAUGCAAUUCAUCCAACGAAUGUCAACAAACUAUCCCCUUUAUCAAGAUUUAUUACAACCAUUAUAUGUUGCUCUUCAUCAAAUUAAAUACGGGGUUCGAAUUAUAACUACUAUCUGCAAACAUUUAGUUGUUACACGUGACAAAUUAAUAUAUAAAGUUGUGAAAUCUUUGAUAGAUAUAACUAAGUUAGGAUGUCCUAAAGAAUGCAUUGACAUUAUUACAGCUCAAGAAUCAUUUGUGAUGAUCAAAGAUCUCAUCUUUUCUCAACAUUCUAAGCCAGACAAAUGGGAUCAAUAUCUCAAAUAUCUCAUCGUCGUUUUGUAUUGUAUGUAUUAUAAUAUAUCAAAACGUGGAAAUAUUAUCCUUGAAGAUUUUGAUACCAUCCAACGUAUUUUUGGAGAAAUUUCUGAUAUUUAUGCUGCUGCUGAAGAACAAAAAAAUAAAAUUGCUCAAGAGAAUGAAAGUUUAUAUAGGAACAAAACAAAAACACACAAUAACAUCACCGAAGAACAGUAUUCCGAAUAUGAAUUCAAGCAAAUGUUUCCAGAUUUUAGUCAUGAUUUCGCGGAUAUAAAUGAUGAUACAAUGAUUGAUUCCGAUAAUAAAGGAAAUGCAGAUUUCACUCAAUUUGAGGAAAAUGUCUCAAUUGUGAAUGAGGAAAUUCUCUUUGAGAUAGGAAAAUUAUAUUCAAAGCUUAUGACUGAUUUCGACUUGAAAUCGCGGAAGACUUUGGAUCAUGACUUGUCAACUCAACAAGUAUUCUGGAAAUCAUUUGUUAUGGCGCGAGAUUUAUCGUUGAUCGCUGGUAAUGUUUAUCCAGAAGAAUUUGACGAAGCAAUCGCAACUUCUCAGAUUCUAGGAACGUUUCUCUUGAAAAAAUGGUUAAUUGACGGUAUCGAGCCUGGGGACGAUACCAGCAACAAUGCCAAAAAUGUUGUGAGAAUGUAUGAUUUCUAUAAAGAUCAAAAUAUCAUCGAAUCCAAGAAGUUGGUACCAAUAAUAUCUGAGCUUCAACAACGCGUCAAAGAAUUACUUGAAAUGUGGCCUGAGCACGCUGUUCUUCAACAUCUUUUUACAAUAUGUGAAAGAAUUCAGGGGUUCGCAUUAAGUUCGCCUCUUGCAAAAUUUCUCACUGGAUUAGAAAUCUUAUUACAAAAGACAGAAGAUUGGGAAGCUUAUGCUAAUCGUGAUGUAUCAUUAAAGCUCCAUAGAGAAAAGAUUACAUUUCUUAUCGUACAAUGGCGUCAAUUAGAGUUGACUUGUUGGCCAAACUUACUUACUGCGCAAAAUGAGUAUUAUGAGAGGUCUGCAUCCAAGUGGUGGUUUCACCUUUAUAGUUGUAUCAUUCAUCCUAUAAAUUCCUUUAGUAUCAAUGUUGAAAUAUCCGAAAGAACUGAUCAAAUUUUCAAGGAUCAUAUCUCUGAAAUACUACGAACACUUGAUCAAUUUUUACAAUCCUCGAGAAUGGGUGAUUUCAAAGGUCGAUUGGAAUUGAUCCAUGCUUUUUAUUUGCAACUUUGUAUUAAAGAUUGUUUUCACACGAGGAGUAAUACUAAAGUACUUAUUGAUUCUACGCAUGUCUCACUGUACUCCAAGGCUGCUGAUGCAUUGUUAAAUAUUUAUAAAUAUUAUGGGCAAUUUUUAACUCACAAUGCCAAUACCUUGAACGAAUUUCGUAAGUCUAUUGAAAAAGAGUUGAAGCAAUUUGUGAAGAUUGCUAGUUGGAAAGAUGUUAAUAUUCAUUCAUUAAAACAAAGUGCCCAGAGAACCCAUAGGCAGUUAAAUAAAUGUAUUCGAAAAUACAAAGAUAUUCUUAACAAACCAAUCAUGGAUGUUAUAACAGAUUAUCAGACGAAUGUGAAUACGAUUUAUCCUAAAGAAAAGAUUAUUAACGAGCAAGUUAUGACUCCUUUGGAUUAUUCCCUCGAGAAAUGGAUUUCUGAUUGUGAACCGAUUGAGCUAGCCGAAAGAACUUUAGAAUUGCAAAAUUCGAUUAGCAAACAAGCUUUGCCUAUUCCUGAACGUUUUAUAAAUAUCAAGAAUACUUUAGAGAAGCUUCGUUCAUAUUGUCGUAAAGACAUUUUUAUCAAAAGACAACCCGUUUAUAACCAAGCUCUUGAUGAUUUUGCCACCGAAAUAAUUUUACGUAUCAAAAAGUUUCAAGAAGAUACGCCAACUUUAAUGAACGAUGACAAUAAAAGUUCCGUAAAGAAUCAAAAGUUAAUUAAAAAGAAAUCCAUGGUUGAUCUUUUGAGGGAGCUGAAACGUCUUGGAUUGAACUACUUUCCUAAUAAGAAUACAAUUGAACAGCAGCAAAAUAUUGUUGGAUAUAUGCUACAGCUUCCUAGAUUAGAAUUGGAAAAUUCUUUACCUAUGAUAAGUAACUUCAAGAAUCCAUCAUCUAUUGAAGAAAGGAAGGAUAUCAUUUCUACCUGGACAAAAGCUGAUGAAUAUUACUAUAAGAUUAUUGCGAGGAUGAUUCAUCUUCGAAAUGUGGCAGUCAGUCAUUCAAAGGAUAUAACCUCUCGGGAAGUUCAAAAAGGACUUGGUUUUUCCGAAUAUUUGUUGUAUCUUAUAAUUCUAGAACGUAAACAUCUGCAAGUUCUUGAUCAACAAUUCGUUGGAUUUUCAGGAGUCCUGACACAAUUUUCGAGGAUUUAUUCAUCAUAUAAUGCAGAAUAUUCCUACACAAAAGUGCAAGAAUUUUUGUCAUUUCACUCACUUGACGUGCGCUCGUCGUGGAAUUUCAAGGAAAUUUUGGAUGACCUGGUCUCGUUAUUGUCUCACUCAUGUAUAAUUUUUGAUGUACAAAAGCAGUAUGAACAUUCAAAUAAUUUUGAAGAGCUCGGAACAGAAUUACAUUGUUGGUUUGAUAAAAUUUCUUUAAUUCGUAAAGACUUUGCUCGUGUGUUUGAUCGAGACGUUUUGUUUCCAGAAUACUCUACAGGAAAAAAGGCGGUGAUCACAAAAGAUAUAAUAAUACUAAUCAAAGAUAAUGUAGCGUUAAUAAAUAAUCUUUAUCAAUUUGCCAAAUCUUCUCGAGAUAAGCAUUCUUAUCAUAUUUUGACGCCAAUUUGUGAUUAUAUUAAAAAUACUAUUGGAAAUCUUCAUUUUACUGAAACAGUACAUAAUGAAAUGAAUCCGGAAAACCAGACAAUGAUGAUACUUAGUAAUGUUAUCAAAAAAGUCAAUGAUUUAAUGGAUGUAAUCCUCGUAGCUAUUCAGGAUCUAAGAAAGUUCUCCGCUGAAUCAACCAAAGAUGUUUCGAGUAUUUCUUCAGUUAAUGAAGAAGAAAAUGAGGAUAAUAAGGAAAUCCCUGAUGGGUUUAUACUUCAAGAACACAAACGCGUUUCGAACUUUGGCAAGCAUUUACGUAUAUCUUUGAUCCUUGAAAGGUUCAGCUUUCUACAUGAUCUACUUAUUAAUUUGAUGGAUGACGAAAGGUUUAACAACUUGGAUUGUCAAGAUUUAAUUUCAAAUUUGUUUCAAAGAACCUUUCCGUUUAUUCAACAAUACUCUUUAGUCAUUCAAUAUUAUCUGAAUGACUUUAUCUAUCAUCAUAAGUCAUUAUGCAAAUUAACCUACGUACUUUGUAAUUCAUUUGCUACAGAUGUAAGCGAAGAGAUUGAGGAUGAGGAACAAGUGUUAGGAAAUCAAAAUGAAAAAAGCCAAGAUUCAACUGACGAUCAACUGAAAUCAAAAGAAGAUAAAGGAAUUGAAAUGGAAAAUGAUUUUGAAGGAACAAUGGAAGACAUAUAUGAUGAUGGAAAUCAAGAUGAUAAUGAAUCAGAUGAAAAAAAUUCCGAAGAUAUAGAAGAACAAGUCGGUGAAUUUGAUGAUAACGAUCCCGAUGCUGUAGAUGAAAAAAUGUGGGGAGAUGAUUCUGCAAAUGAUGCAGAGGAUAGUGGGAAAAAAGCUGAUACUAAACAAGAUUCCGAAUGUCCGAAUGAAACGGACGUUGUUGCUAAGGAAGAUCAAGGAGAUACCACACAAAAUUCCCAAAUAAAUGAAGAAAUGGGCGUAGAUGAAAAUCAACAAGACCUGAUUGAAUCAGAAGGCCAAGGCGAUAAUACUGACGAAGAAUAUAAUGAUAAACAUGACUAUUUUGAUCUGAAACUUUAG